AUGCCGCCGCCUUCACCCUCCCCACCGCUUUCCUACACGAUAAUCCCCGCCUCUCUCAACGCCUUCACGGGCUCAAACCCAGCUGAAUUCAGAGCAAGUCACCCUCCAAUUCAUCAUCUAAUCGCUGGCGCACUCGUUACCAACCCCCGAGGCCAAAUCCUUCUUCUUCGUCGCGCAGCCCAUGACUCAUGGCCUCUGUUAUGGGAAGUACCUGGCGGCUCCGUCGACGAUGUAGACGCUGAUCUCGUCGCUGGCGCCGUUCGCGAACUCUGGGAAGAAGCCGGCCUGCGCGCCAAGGCGGUGAAAGGCGUCGUGGGUAUAGCACCCAUCGAAGAACCUAUGCCUGACGACCCGCUGGAAAAGGACCUGGAAGUGCUGUACGAUAUGCUCGUUUUCCGAGCCGAUGAUGGAGUUUGGGGAAAGCUAACUGUUUGGGUGGAUGUGGAGAGCUGCGAGGAUGUCAAGAUUGAUGAGGACGAGCAUGUUGACUUUGCGUGGGUGACGGAAGAAGAAGCCUUGCGGAGCACUUUCAAGGACGGUAGGAAACUUGACUUUGUGAGUGAAGGAGUCAGGAGGAAUGUUCUCGAGGGCUUUCGUUUAUGGAAGCAGGAGGCUAGUCUUAGGAUACAAAAAUAA